AUGGAUGUUUCUGCUGGGCUUCGACCUAACAAGCCAGGUCAUUCUCCAAUGCAAGUGAGUGCUGGGUUGCCUUCUCAGUGGAUGCAAAGUGGUCCCCAGAGUGGAAGCCCUGCUGUAGUCCCACUUGGGCUGCAUCUUCAAAAUCCUUCAGAUGCUCAAGACCAGCAAGUAAUGCAGAGGCCAAUGAAGAAGAUGACUUGGCGUUAUCCAGCAGCACCACAAAUCCCAACCCCACCAGCACCAGUGAACUUUGUGAGACCGUCUAAUGCUGUUCCUGCCCAGAGUGUAACAGCAAGGUGCAAUGAGACUGCAGUGUAUGUAGAGGUGAGAAAAGACCUGUUUGGUACUAGUGCACCCCUCAAUAUUGCUGCUCUCACACUGGGAGGCUGUGCUGCCAAAGGGGUGGAUGUUUCUUCUCAAGUCCUCGUCUAUGAAUCACCAUUGCAUGGCUGCAACAGCAAGUUGACUGUAAGUCUUCUAUUGCUAAAUACCUUAGUCUUGCUUGUAGCUUGCUUGUUUGAGGAUGAGUUACUAAUGAGUCUUCUUGUAGAUGACUGGAUAUUUGAAAGACCUUGGGACUACGUCUUCCAGCUGGGUGAGCUUAUAAAUAUUGAGGCAUCGGUGGUGCAGUUCAACCAUGUGCCCCUGCGUGUUUUUGUGGACAGCUGUGUGGCCACUGCUGUCCCUGAUGUAAAUGCAGUCCCCAGAUAUUCCUUCAUUGAAAGCCAUGGGUGCUUGAUUGAUGCCAAGAUUGCGCAUUCCAGUUCCCGCUUCGUGCCCCAAACUCAGGCGGCUAAACUGGGGUUUCAGCUGGAGGCAUUCAAGUUUCAGCAUGUGAACAGUAGCUGGGUCUACAUUACGUGCAUCUUGAAGGCAACAGCAGCAUCUGCCCCUCCUGAUGCUGAGCACAAGGCUUGCUCAUUUUCUAGCAAUAGGUAUGUUCCGAUGACCCUAAAAUGGUACAGUGCAGAUGAGCUGUGACUACUAAAGCAUUAUGAUCUCUUCCUAGAUGGACUGCUGCAUAUGGUGCUGACCAGGUGUGCAGCUGUUGCAACAGCCACUGCAGCUUGAGGAAGGGACAAGAUCAAUCAGGCAAGGGUACAGUGAAAACGUUCAUCUGGAAAUCCUUAUGCAGUCUUUGAGGAAACUUGUAAUUCACCAUCUACAACUGGUAAAAGCCACUGAAAAAUACCCUUCCAUCUUCUCAACUACUUCUCAAGGAAGUUCCUUCCCUGUUUAGAGUGACC